AUGGCUGCAUUAACUGUUCAGAUGCAUUCUGUUGAAACGAGUUAUGGAAAAGCCCUUCAAAUUAUUGGAAAGCUUUCCAGUUUCUCCAAUCUCAGUCUAUGUGAUGUGUCACUGUUUCGAGCAGCAUUUGCUACCCUUUCCACCACUGACACAAUGCAACAUCCACAACAUCAAAAGGCUACUAAAAGUGUAAAUAGAGCUGUUUCAUUUGAAUCCCCACUGACGUUUCUGCCUUUGCAUCUCACAUGUGGACUAGGCUUAGCUUUAGGUUUCUGGGUGGCAUUCAAUAUUUACUCCUUGACGAUAAUCCAAAAUUCAGCAGAAACUCUUCUUAUAUUAUGGGUAGUGGAGGCUUUAGUCGUGAUCCCGCUCUAUAGUCUGUUUCGCCAUGACACGGAUCUAUGCUCUUUUCUCAAAGCAAUAGUGAGAGGGUUGCUGGGUCUCCCUGCUGGUGCUUUAGUGAAUGCACUAGGAGCAAUUGUGUUGGGCGCACCUGUUGGGAUUCAACAUUUAAAAAAGACAGUUCAUUGGUCUCUUCUAAUGUCCCUCUUCACGUUUGUCCCUGCAGCUGCUGUUUAUGGUUCAUCUUGGACUGACUGGCAUCGGAUAUUUGCUCACACCAAACCAGUGGGUUCUACAGAUCUUAUUAUCUGUUUAUCUGCACAUGGAGCUGUUAUUGGGGCUUGGUUUGGCGCAUGGCCUAUGCCUCUUGACUGGGAAAGACCUUGGCAGGAGUGGCCAAUUUGCGUGACUUAUGGUGCUGUUUUCGGGUACUCGAUUGGAUUGGUAGUGUCAUUUGGAUUUGUCGUUUAUAACUACCGAGUACACCAUACAAAGGCGGACUAAUAUGGGAAGAUCCUCGGAUGAUAAAUUUUUGGUUGAAGGAAAUGUUGCGAUGCUCUUGCUGAGAUAUAUAGCCUAGUGUUUUAAUUGCGCCAUGUAGAACAAAGAAAUAAGUGGAAUUGGCUUGUGUUCAUAAUUUUUUUCCAGUGAUGAGUCCAUUAUAUUAUUCUUUGACACUUUUCGAAGAGUGUUUGAAAAUGCAUACAUUAUGUAUGCUUUUGGGUGGCUUGUGUCUGAUAACACAGAUAACAGUGUUUAUUUUAUGCUUUUCCAGGAGAAUGCAGCCAGCACUACGGCAAUAUUGUUUUCAAGUUCUAAUUCAUUUUGUCUAGAAACCUACACGUCUGAUAUUGUGUUUUCGAUCAAUUUGCUAGCAAAAUUUACAAUUUCCCUUUUUAAAGUGAUAUAAUAUGAAGUUCGG